AUGGCCGAAACAAUGCGCGCAGCGGUCAUCCACGUCCCCGGCGACCCCUCCGUCCUCCAAUUGGAAGAAGUCCCCAUCCCAGUCCCGCGGCCAGAUCAAGUGCUCAUCCGCGUGCGCGCUUUCGGCCUCAACCGCUCUGAAAUGUACACGCGCCAAGGCCACUCGCCGAGCGUGAAGUUCCCUCGCAUCCUGGGGAUCGAAGCAGCGGGUGAAGUGGUUUCUUGUCCAUCUGGUGUCUUUGAGAAGGGAGACGUGGUUCUUACUUGUAUGGGCGGGAUGGGCCGCGAUUUCGACGGGGGAUAUGCGGAGUACGUCGUUGUGCCUGUUAGGCAGGUUAGAAAGGUGCGCACGACGCUGGGGUGGGAGGUGCUGGGUGCGAUUCCGGAGAUGUUGCAGACUGCUUGGGGCAGUCUGUUUGUUUCGCUGCGGAUUCAGAAAGGAGAGAAACUGUUGAUAAGAGGGGGGACGUCGAGUGUGGGUUUGGCGGCUGCGGCUAUUGCGAGGAAUUACGGGUGUGAAGUCACGAGUACGAGUCGCAAGGUUGAAGGGCAGCGCGUGAUGUUGGAGGCUGGAGCGCAGCAUGUGCUGGUGGACGAUGGGGCGUUGGCGAAGCAGGUCGGAGGAAAUUUCGACAAGUGUUUGGAACUGGUGGGCGUGAAGACUAUGGAGGAUUCGAUGAAGUGUCUGAAGAGGGGCGGCGUGUGCUGUAUCACGGGGAUUGUGGGCGGGACUUGGACGGUGGACGGUUGGAAUCCCAUGGAGCAUAUUCCGGUUGCGGUCGCGCUUACGGUGUAUGGGGGGUGGGUGGAGGAGUUUUUGCAGAUGCCGUUGCAGGAAUUGAUUGAGCAGGUGGAGAGGGGGGAGUUGAAGGUGCCGAUUGGGAGGGUGUUGAGGCUUGAGGAGAUUGUGGAGGGGCAUCGGUUGAUGGAUGCGAGUGCUGCUGGGGGGAAGAUUGUGUGUCUAACGUAG